AUGUCUUUUGGGCUUACCAAUGCCCUUGCCACAUUCCAGGGGCUAAUGAAUACUAUUUUUCAGCGAUUUUUGAGGAGGUUUGUGUUGGUAUUUUUUGAUGACAUCCUUGUGUACAGCAGUGGCAUGGAAGAGCAUGUGGGUCACUUAAAACUGGUUUUGGAAACGCUACCCCAUAAAUUGUAUGCUAAGAGAUCUAAGUGUCUCUUUGGAGUGGUUGAGGUGGAUUAUUUGGGGCAUAUUGUGAAAGAAGAAGGGGUAAAGGCUUACCCUAAGGACGUGGCAGCAAUGUUGGAGUGGCCCGUGCCCAAAAACACUAUAUCUCUAAGGGGAUUUUUGGGCCUAACGCGGUAUUACAGAAAAUUUAUUCAGGGGUAUGGCAUUAUUGCAGCUCCACUCACAGAUUUAUCAAGGAAAAAUGCAUUCAAGUGGGAUGACAGGGCUGCCGAAGUAUUUCAGAAACUCAAAACUGCAGUGACCGAACCUCUUGUGCUGAGGUUACCCAAUUUUCUCAACCUUUCACCCUAG